AAAAUUUUACAGUUGUCUUGGUACUUAAUUUCACUAUUUAUUUUCGCAAAAUAAUGCAAUUUUUUUUUUCUGAAAAUGGUUUUAGCAAAUUAAUUUAAUUUUUUUUUUCUGAAAAUUGAUUUUUGCAAAAACCGUUUGCGAAAACUUUGAUUUUGGUUUUUUUUUUUCAAAAUUUAUUUGUGAAAAUGGUUUUUUUGCAAAAGUUAUGAGCAGAAUUUUUAAUAUUGGAAUUUUAAAAAAAAAAAUGUUACUUUUAUCUGUUUUCUCAUUUCAUGUGAAAAUAAAGGGUUUAAUUUAAGUCUUUUUUAACUAAUUGCUAUCAUCUCCCUUUUUUCUGUUAGUCACUACAUAACAAUUGCUAUUAUUUUUUCAACUAAUUUGAAAUAACUUGGAAGAUUAAAAGAAUUAUGUACCUUUUUGAAAGUUUGCAAAUCGCCGAUAGACAAAUGUGUGAUAUUAUGUUUUUUUACAGAUGUUUAUGCAUAGCGUGUAUAGGUAAAGAAUAAUUUGUAAGUGAAAUUUGUGAGUUCUUGAGAACAAUGAUUUGUAAGUGAAUUUUGUGAAUGUUUUUUUUUUGUUUUAUGUAUUUACACCCUACUAUAUUAGUUUUGGUUUGUAAGUUAAUUUUUAGUUUUUUGUAAAGUUUAGUGAUUUGCGGGAUGAUUUAAAAAGGGAUUUGUAAAGUUUUCUAACAUAAGUGAUUUGGGAGUGAUGUUGAAAGUUAAUUUCCCGUAGCUUUGUUUGAAUCCCCAUUUUGGUAUUGAUAUUAUUUUUGUAAUUUAGUAAGGAAAAGGGGGGCAAAAUAGUCAGUUCAAAAGAGGACACUAAAGGUUCCCCUUCGCUUAUGUAAUAGAGAUAUUUUUUAACAUAAUAACUUUUUUUUCCUUUCUGUAAAUCACAUAUAUAGUCAUAAAUCUCCCCUAAAUUUAAUGUGGACCAGGUCGAUAUAAGUUUUUUUUACAUAUCAAACAACCCGGUUUCAAAAUAUGAACAAGAACAAGUGGGUUGGCUACUUGUCAUUUGCAAAUGGGCUUUUAUUUUCCAGGAAGCAGCCCAGAUUCCCCUCCCAUGGCUCUGUAAGAUUUGACAGAAGGAAUACUUUCCUUUUGGAUUAUUUCAUCAUAUCAGCUCCACUCCAGACUCAAACCAGUCAGAAAUUAGAGGCAGGUAGUUGGGAAGGUUUAGCGCCAGGAUCUAGGCUUGUCUACACCUUCUUCAAGUUCAAGCCUGAGGAAUACGAUUUUGGCUUUGUGAAGGUUCAAAGAUGCCUUAUUUGUAGGAUUCAAGAAGCAUCAAUUGAGGUUAGCUGGGUAUCUUGAUGGGUUUUUAAAAAAAGGAUAGCAGUGGGGCAUUUCGAGAAUUGAACUCAGGACCUCUCGCACCCUAAGCGAGAAUCAUACCACUAGACCAAAUGCCCAGUUGUUGUGUUGCUCAAAGCCUUUCAUUAAUUUAUUUUAUUGACAAUAUAGGUAUGAAUUUUGGACGAUAAUUUUUAAAAGGUUUUUACUAUUGAUUAACCUGUGUAGGUCUUAAUUUGAGGGAGUUUUAACUUUUAGCGGGUCUAGGUGACUUAAAACUGACGAUUUUUUUAAAAUCUCACCUAGUUUCUACUUCCUUUUCUUAAUUCACCCUUCUUGUGUGGUCCAAUUUUUACAAGUUAUGACCUAUUAAGUCAUUUUCAAGUCACUAAGGCUCGUUGAAAGUUAAGAUCUCCUAAAGUUGGGACCUAUAUAGGUUAAUCAAUAAUUUAGACCUUUUAAAAAAUAUCACUAAAAGUUGAGAUCGGUUAAUUUUUCCUUUAUAAUUGCUCAUUGUACAGGUUUCAAUAUAGAAAAACAAUGUUAGUUGAAUUACUCAACUUAUAUAAAUGGUAUACAUUUUAUGUUCUAUUUUUAUAUACACUUUAUAAUUUUAUGAUUGGUUUGUGCUAGUUAUUAAUUUUAUUAUUGGUUUGUGCUGGAGUUAUUAUUUGUAUGCAUACUCUGGUUUUCCGUCCUUGGAUCUGUCGAGGCCAGAAACAAAAAAAGGGGGCAUUCCGGGAAUCGAACUCGGGACCUCUCGCACCCGAAGCGAGAAUCAUACCACUAGACCAAAUGCCCGUGUUUUGAUCAUAAUAGAAGUGUUGCUUAUUUAUUAUAGUUAGGGAUAAACCUACAACGCAAUUUCUUCGCUGAAUAAUUGGGCCUUCCGACUUCAAAAGAUCAAGACCUAUCAAACUCUAUCUCUAUGCGAGACUCGUCAAGCAUUUUGGGACAUUUGUUUCUAACUCCUUAUCAUAAUUUAUAAGCUCUAUUUUAUGCUGGCUUGCUUUUAUGUGUUAGACACUUACAUAAUUUUGAAUUUGAUUUAGUUAUUUUGUGAAAAAAAUUGAUGUUCGCAAUGUUUGAUUUUCACACUCGUCAAAACAACUUUUAACUAUUAAUUUCUUUAAUAACAUAUUUGUAAAAUUGAAAUAAAUCUAACAAUACUUUACAUGCUAAAUUUUGUGUUUUAUAUUCAUAAAUUUUCAAUCAAAGUAAGUGAAUUAAUAAUGCAAAAGUCAAAAGGUCGCAAGUACAAAAGACGGAGCAAGUAUUAGCUGAAACUAAAGUGUAAAAACACCCACAACUUGUAUUAGAGAGGGUGGCGGUGGACGAAUAUUUGAUUACUACUUUUCCACAUUAAUGUAGAGUAUAAUAACUAUUCUAUUACAUGUUCUUCCUUAUUAUUGUUCGGUUGUCCAGUUUAAUAUUUUGAAUUGUGUAAUUUUCGUGUGUGAUUGUUCCAAUUCAUUUGCAAAAGUUUUUCUUUUUUGAAGUUCCAAAUGAGUUGGAACAUUACUUAUAUCUUAAAAUGGAUAAUCCAUCUAUUUCUAACCUCAUCACAUAAGUCUCCCUUUUUAUUCUCUUUAUUUGAAUUUCUUUUUCUUUUCAAGUUAGCCUUUCAACUUAGGCAAUUUUUUUUUUUGGGUGUUUGCACCUGGUUCACCUUUCAGGCUAUAUCUGGAUCGAGACCAAGUUCGAGGUGGUAGGUUUCAUUCCUCUCCCAAAGGUGUUGCGAGGAUUUGAACACGGGUCCAUCUUAUCAAAGUCAGUCUCCAUCAUCACUGGGCCAACACUUACUUGGUAAUUUAGGCAAUUUCUGUAAAAGGGGCAUUACUCCUUCUAACUCAUGUUCGCUAUUUCAAAACUAUAGGGAAUAUGUAGAUCCUUUUGUUCUUCAUUUCAAAGAUUCAAAGAGUUGUAGUCUUGUAGAGCUUAAACCAUUUUAAGACAAGGGUUCAAAUAUUUGAUUAUACUCAGUAACGAAUUUGAUA